GACUGACACUUCAAAAUAGGUAAACAUAAUCAAAACGUGCUUAAUUCAUACGAUUUGGGUGGUUGUAAAUUUGAGUAGGAUAUUUGUGGUGAAAGCGAAGAAAAAAAUGAGUAAAGCCUUGUUUGAUGAUGAUUUAUCGGAGGAGGAGAUUGACUUCAAGACCAAUAAAGACUAUGCUAAAACCUACAAUAAAUAUCGUCAGAAGGAGCUGUUGAAAAAGUUGAAAGAUAAGGAAGCCGGUGAUGGUUCGGAGUCGAGUUCAGAGUCUGACAGUUCGGAUGAAGAUGAAACCGCUUACAAUCCGAAAUUCGAUGAGGAAUUCUUCAAAACAUUGUCAUCGUUGAAGCGAAAAGAUCCAACCAUUUAUGAUAAAUCCACAAAAUUCUUCGAUGAAGAAAUGAUUGACCCCGACGCUGAUGACGGUGAAUCAAAGAAAAAGGAGAAGAAAUUGACCAUAAAACAAUACGAACAGGAUUUGUUGCUGAACACCGGCGGCACAUUUGCCGAUGAUUCGGAUGACGACAACGUGAAAAGCAACAAAAGACCGGCAUCGCCGAGUUAUAAUGAAGAGCAAAAUCUAAUCAAGAAAGAAAUUCUCGGCAAAGUUGGCAACAUCAAUGAAUCGGAGGAUGAAGAUGACAUUGGCGGUUUGUUUAGCAAACGUCAAAAGACGAAAAAGGAAGAGGAAGAGGACGACAAAGAGCAAGCAAAAUGGCUCAAUGAACAUGAGGAGCUUAAAGAGAAAAGCAUUACGGAAAUUUGGUCCAAUAAAAAAUUGUCAAAAGAUGAAAAAUUCCUACGCGAUUAUAUUUUAUCCAAUGGUUAUGCGGACAAAGAUGACGAUGAAAUUCCCACAUACGAUGAAAUUGUUGGUGACGAUGAUUUCGAAGAGAAGCAAACGGAAUUUGAACACAAAUACAAUUUUCGAUUCGAAGAUCCCGAUCAAGAGUUUAUCAAACGAUAUCCAAGAACAAUUGAGAAUUCGGUGCGAAAGGUUGACACACGGCGAAAAGAAAAACGUGUGGAGCGACGAGAACGAAAGGAGAUUGAAAAGAAGGAAAAAUUCCAAGAGAUUGAAAUGUUCAAAGAGUUGAAGCGUAAAGAAAUUGAAGAGAAAAUUUCACAAUUGAAAGCGGUCACCGGCACGGAUGAGAUUAAUUUGGAUGAAAUGGAUUUGGAUGGUGAUUUUGAUCCGGAUGAGUAUGACAAGAAAAUGCAGGCCAUAUUCAAUAGCGAAUACUAUGAGGUCGAUGAAGGUGACGAAAAGCCCGAAGCACCCUCAGACAUUGAAGAUUUACAAGUGGAAAAUUAUGAUGAAAUCGGAGACGAUGAACAACCACGUGCUGGCGCUCACUGUGAAGAUGACGAUUUCAAUAUGGAUUGCGAUUAUGAUGAAUCGCAACGAGAUCAGAAGAAAUCCUUUCAAGAUGAAAUGAUUGAAAGUACCCAAAAACGCAAGCGUGGAAAACGGAAGUCAAAAUUCAUGGAAAUGCUUGAGUCGGAGCGGCCGCCAUUCAAUCCGGACGAUGAGAAAACGUUCAGUGAAUAUUUGGAUGAGUAUUAUAAGCUUGACUGUGAGGACAUUGUCGGCGAUGUCAAGUGUCGAUUCAAAUACGUUGAAACUACACCAUGCGAUUAUGGAUUGAGUAUUGAAGAGAUUCUGGGUGCGAAAAAUAAAGAGUUGAAUGCUUGGGCCAGUCUAAAGAAGGCAACACAGAUCCGGCCGGAGCACGUGGAACGCAACGAUCAAAUGAUUUUUCAAAGAAAGGCCAGAAACGAAGCGCUAAAACGCAAAAUUUUAAGCAGUCUUUACGAACCUUCUGAUGACGAGGACGAAGCUGAGGAAAACCCAGUCGUAUUAGUAAGUAACAAACCGCUGACGAAAAUUGAGAACAGUGGCUCACAAAAUCCAGACGGUCGAAAUGCGGAAAAGAAAAAGAAAAAGAAGAAGAAAAAGAAUAAAGGCAAUGUUUCUACUGAGGCAGGCACAUCUGGUGCCAUCUCGCAGCAAGUCGAAGGAAAGAUGGGCGAAAAUAAGGAAGAAUCAAAAGUGGAGCCAUCGAUUGAGGCACCAAAACAGCAGUCUUCUAAUGAAAUACCUCUCAACAGCGCUCCUAAAGAAGAGACGUCGUCUCCCAAACCAGAGCCUUCGGUAACGGUGUCAAAAACGAAGUCAAAUAAACAAUCCAAGCCCGAGACAUCAAAACAACAGCCGAAAAAGGAACUGAAGGUGCAACCCAAACAGCAAUUGAAGCAACAAACGAAACAGCAGCCACAAUCAAAAGAGAAGUCAAAACCGGGCGCAGCUCAAAAGCAGCCAAAUUCCGUCGGUAAUAAAACACCAAUCGAAAAGUUCAAGGCAAAGCAUAAAGAUCCGCUGAAGAAGGUGGCUCACAAGACCAUCGACAAGAAGAACAACAAAUCCAAUCAGGCGAAUAAGCAAAAGGGCUUGAGUGACGAGCGACUCAAGGCGUUCGGUAUCAAUCCGAAGAAGUAUGUCAAACAACAGAAAUACGCUGCACAAAUAGCGCAAAAGAAUGGUGGCAACAAAAACUCAGUACAAGCCAAACAAAAGGAAAAAGUCAAUAUCAAAAUGAAGAAUAAAUUGGCAAGGGCGUUGCAAAAGAAAUAAAUAUGUACUGGUGUACUCAUAGACCACUAUAAAAGUUCCGAAUAAAAGAGAAUAAAAUAAAGAAAUUAUCUGUUUGAAAAAAUUCAAAAUCGUUUGGAGUUUUCAAUAAUGAUUGUGUUUUUUUUUAUUUGAUUUGAUGUUAAAUCAUUGCAACAAUAUUAUUUAAUCAUCUUUUAUAUUCACAUUGUUGUUGUUAUGAGAGCACAAAAGGAAAGGUGUUCGUCGCACAAGUA